AUGCUGGAGUGUUUCUGCUAGGCUAAUCAUUAAGGAUCAUAAAAAGGAAGGUUAUAUCACCCAGAGACAUUUCAAUUCUGGCCAACCUUUCCAUGGAGUUUGUGGUGACAGAGGGAGCACACAUGGAUCAGCAGCUCAGCAGACCAACAUGGAGCCGGCAGAUAGAGUUCACUCUGGCUGGCAUUGGCUGUGCUGUGGGUCUGGGCAACGUUUGGAGGUUCCCCUAUCUCUGCUACAGGAGUGGAGGAGGUGCCUUUCUGGUGCCAUACCUGCUCAUGCUGGUGGUGUUGGGGAUCCCUCUGCUCUACAUGGAGCUGACAGUGGGUCAGUACACGAGGAGAGGGCCCGUCCAUGCUCUGGCUAAUGUGUGCCCACUGUUAAAAGGAGUGGGCAUGGCAUCAGUGGCAAUCUCCUUCAUCAUGUGCACCUACUACAAUGUUGUCAUCACCUGGGCUCUUUAUUAUCUCUUCAGCUCCUUCCAGGCACCGCUACCCUGGCAGAACUGCAACAACACCUGGAACACACCGAACUGUACCAGUCACGCCACCAACAGCAGCUACUCCUCCACAGCUAGCCAGGAGUUCUUCAAAUAUAAGAUGCUGGAGCAGACCAGUGGAGUGGAGGAGACAGGAACGAUUCGGUGGGAACUUUUCCUUAUCCUCCUCCUAGCUUGGAUCCUCAUUUACCUUUGCAUCUUCAAGGGGGUGAAAUCCACAGGCAAGGUGGUCUAUUUCACGGCUCUGUUCCCGUAUGUUAUCCUGAUCGCCCUGCUCAUCAAUAAUGUGCAGCUUCCUGGAGCAUUAGAUGGAAUAACCUUCUUCAUUGUGCCAGAAUGGGACAAGCUGCUCUCAGUGGAGGUGUGGGUGAACGCUGCAGCUCAGAUCUUUAACUCCAUUGGGAUUGGAUUCGGAUCCCUCAUGGCCAUGUCCAGCUACAACUCAUUCAACAACAACGUUCUGAAGGACACCCUGACUAUAUCCAUCAUCAACUCCCUCACCAGCAUCCUGGCAGGCUUUGUCAUUUUCUCUGCCUUUGGAUACAUGUCUUAUCUGCAGGGCAUUCCUGUCAGUGAUCUGGCUGUGGAUGGUCCAGGGCUGGUUUACGUUGUAUACCCCCAAGCCUUUGCCAACAUGCCAGUGGCUCAGCUCUGGGCUGUGAUCUUCUUCUUCAUGUUGCUUUGUCUUGGACUGGACAGUGAGUUUGCAAUGGUUGAAGUGAUGGUGACCAGUCUCAUGGAUGAAUUCUAUCAACAACUCAUCACAUUUUUCAAGAGGAAGGAGCUGUUUGUCCUUGCUGUUUGCGGUGCAGCCUUCCUUUUUGGAAUUCCCUGUGUCAUGCAGGUGGGAAUCUAUGUUUUCCAGCUGAUGGACCAUUACACUGCCAUAGUGUCCAUCAUGUUUCUUGCAUUCUUUGAGGUUAUAGCCAUCUGUUGGAUUUAUGGUGUGAAACGACUUUCAGACAACCUAGAAGAGAUGACCGGAAAAAGAGCAAAUAUCUUCUUCAGACUGUGUUGGCUAAUAGUUGCUCCUGUGCUGAUCACUGUUAUCCUCAUUUUCUCCAUCAUCCAGUUCAAACCAGCCCGUUAUGGGGACUACGUCUUCCCUCCCUGGGCUCAGGGUGUUGGGUGGCUCAUUGCCCUGGCCUCCAUCAUCUGGAUUCCUUUGGGUGCCCUUCACACAAUGUGGGUGCUGCCUGGCUCAUUCAUGCAGAGACUGAAGCUGUCAAUCACGCCACAUGGCCUGUAUGAGAAGUCAAAAAUGCCAUACUAUGAGAGAGGAGGAAGAGACAGCUAUCCAGUCAUAGCUGUUAUCAGCUCCAACAUCUGUUCACCUGAAAAACCUCCCAUUGAGACAAAGUUCUGAUACCUCUGUGUUUUGCACAACUGUAAUGUUGUGACUAUUUGUGGCAGAUUUUUAGGAAGCUCAAGUUAAUCAGAAAUUGUUUGCCGUUAGUGUUAAAUUUUGAACAAACGUCUGGUAAUAUAAAUAAAUGAACAGAAGUAUGCUACAAAAAUUAUUUACAUGAUGGUGAAAAGGUGCUGCUGCAUGUCUGCUACGCAGAUCAUUUAAAAUGGCCAUUUUUUGUAAGCCUGUUAAUUUAAUUUGUGAGACUUUGUUGAACUUCUGCUGUUUUGUUCAUUUUUAAUGUGAGAAGAUGUGUAGUGUUUAGAAUCUGUUAUUGUUGUGUGCGUCUUCAACAUCUGGCCUGCAUUUCCUCUGUUGUGAGAGCUGGAGAGGAGGAAGGAUUGAGUGGCACUCAGUACUAAACACUGUUCUCAUUUGUGGACUUUAUUGAGCUAAGGGUGCCAUCUUUUGGCCAUGUGUGUUGA